CGCAAUCCAUACAUGGUUAGUUUUUCAUCCAAAAUGGCGGCGCUUACUGUUGAUUCGAUGUAAGAACGCCGAAAAUGCACCCGACUUGCUCCCAAAUUACACCAAAAUUUGACCUAUUAAACCAUCCAACAUGCCAAAACACGUCAAGCACAUCGAAUGGCAGGAUAUGGACAAAAAGAAGUUCUAUUUUUUCGGUCCAACAUUGUUCCUUGGCAUACGGGCACUGUUGUAUCCUGCGAAUUUGAUAAAGAUUCGUCUUCAAGUCCAGCGAAAGACCACACUAUACAACGGCUCACUUGAUGCCUUUACUAAGGUUAUUAGGACAGAAGGUGUACGUGGCCUUUACAAAGGCUAUUUGGUGAGCUGUGCUGGACUAUUUGCCGGUCAGUGUUACAUAACAACAUACGAACUUGUUCGCUCUAAAACUGCACAAUACAACUACACUAUUCGUGGUUUUCUUGCGGGAGGCUGUGCCUCUAUCGUAGGCCAAACGAUUACUGUACCAGUAGACAUUAUAUCACAGAAGCUAAUGAUACAAGGCCAAGGUGAUCGAAAGGUUAAACUAAAGGGAGCGAGAAUCCUAAUACGGGAGACGUUUCAUCAACAUGGUCCAGGUGGUUUUUAUAAAGGGUAUUUUGCAUCUUUAAUGACUUACGCACCUAGUAGUGCAAUUUGGUGGGCAUCGUAUGGGUUUUAUACUGGAGUGAUAGGUAAUCUAUCUGCUGAUGGCACCCACCGGUUGCUGGUGUUGGGGUCGUCUGGGGUGUUGGCGGGUGUGACUGCUGCAACACUAACUAAUCCACUGGAUGUUAUAAGGACAAGAUUACAGGUUUUUGGUGGAACAUCCAUGUUGGUGACAUUCAGAAGUCUGUUGCAUGAAGAAGGUGUAGCAGCAGUUGUGAAAGGACUCAGCGCAAGGAUCAUAUCCAUGGCCCCCUCUAGCCUGAUCAUGGUGGUAGGAUAUGAAACAAUAAAAAAGCUUAGUCUGAGGGAAGAACUCACAUGUCAACGGGAAGAGGAGGGCUACUUUGAGGCUUGCAUGUAGACAGAGGCUCACUGUAAACCAUUUUAAUAAUUAGAUGUUUUGAUAUAGAAGCUAGAUAUAGGAAUUAUCCCACAUAUUUGCCAUAUUAAUCUUUUAUAACUAAAUUUGUAGUUACUGCCAAAAAUCCAAAACCCUUUUCCUUCAAGUAUCAUUGUCAUAUGACCUUGACCAAUCAAUAUCCUUGCACUCAAAUGGUUUGCAUUUGACUCAACAGUAAACAAAUAAAAGAUAAAAUAAAAUAAAAAUUGUUUGAUGAUGGGAUUCCUAGAUGGGACAAGGAUCUUGAAUUUUUGGUGGUAGCAAAACUGUGUCUCCAUACUGUAUAUGACUUCAUUUACAAUUAUUUUUAUUUACCUUCAAGUGAAAUUUUCUGUACCAGAGCAAAUGUUUGAAUGACUUCCAUUUUUAAAUUGACAAUAUUCUUUCUAAACCAAGAAGCAGACUGCAGGGGUAUUUAAAAUUGUUAUACUUUUAUUUGCAAAUAUUUUAAUUUUCUUGGGUUCGAAAUAACAUUUUAAAAUCUGCUAGAUUUUGCUGGCUUUCUGAAUUUUGGUGGGGAAAAAAGCCUGCAUACUCAAAAUAUGAGAGGGGAAUACAGAAAAAAAGAGCCGGCAAAGACCAGAAAACAGCAGAAUAUCUACGGCAGCCAGCCGCUAUUUUGAACCUUGUAUUCUAAGUACAUCCAAUAAGAAUGUGCUGUAGUGAUGUAUGAUAGCUCACAUUUCAGAGUUUUGUAAAAAGUGGACUUCAAUUUUAGCUCCCAUACAUCUCCUAAAAUUUUAGCCUUUAAAGGGCCCCUCUGGGAAUAAAGGCAGUCCAAACCCCACUCUGCUCAUGUGCAAGAUAAUUAUUUGACUUGAUGUACUGUCCGCCUUUAUUGGUGGUAAGAUGAUGGAGUUUCGUUACGUGAUUGGAUAGAAAAGAUGGGUCUAGUGGUCUAAUGACUGUGGUCAAGCAAUGGCUUAUAAUAAUGAAUGCCAUUUUCAGCUCAACCCUUUUAAGGUAAAAGGGUUACUGACAGAUCCCACCCUAAAUUUUUAUCUAGACAAAUAAAACCUUGAUAUCAGAAGAGAACCUUGGAGCUCAUAAACUAAAUGUUGACAAGAACAUAUAAUAAAUAAUUAGCAUUCUUUAUAAAUCAUGAUUUUAUUAAAAGCCAUUAUUUUUCAUGUA